CAAAUAGGUAAGUAGGUACCUCUAUGAACUCCAAUAAUAGAGGUGAGACCAAUCUCCAUGACCGGCAUCGGAAUGAGUCAUGACUAUUCACUUUGGCAAAAGAAAAAGAUUUUUCCCAGUGAGUCGCGACAAAUCACCUUCCUUUGUCACAUGAGGACCCUUCUCGUUCCUUAGGAGAACAGGCACACGUGCAGGUUCUUGUUCACCAAAGGUACUCUGGGCAAGCUCUUGGGAAUCAUCUAUCCUGCUACUGCAUCAAACUAGUCACGUUACUUCUGUCUUUUUCAACAAAUUGGUUCAUCCACAAUGUCGCUAUUGCCGGUGCAAGGGUGAAUUGAAACGACCAUACCAUUGCCCUCGCAAAUGGCCUUCAUAUCAUAGUCCAUAUUCUAUCUGCUGGUUGACAUACGAGUUGCAGUUAUGGCAAAACCAGCCCAGACUGACGCACCACCGUCAGAGGUCCUGAUGUACUUCAGGUUACUGGCUUUUGCGGGAUCAACAUGGCUGGAUAUUGUUCUGAUGGUAGUAGGGGCUAUAUGCGCCGCAGCAUCGGGUGUGCCGUUCCCGUUGAUGGCUAUCCUCUUCGGAGAGCUUGUUGACGACCUGAACGCCGCAUCUUGUGAGGUCUCAGCCACAGGAUCCGGGUAUUCAUAUGGUCCGGCUAUCAACUCAAGGGUCCUGCAACUCGUGUACAUCGCCGUGGGUGCUUUUGUGGUCAUCUUCAUCUACAUCAUAUGUUGGAGUCUACUCAGCCAACGGUUAGCCCAUCGUCUUCGAACUCGUUACUUUCAGAGCCUUUUGCAUCAAGACAUGGCCUUCUUUGACGAACAUCAAUCUGGAGAAGUCUCUGUCCGACUAAAUGCAGACGUUCAAGCCGUCCAAUCUGGCACCUGUGAGAAAGUCGGCAUCUUUAUCGCCAGUCUCUCCUUCUUCAUCACUGCAUACGUCAUAGCAUUCACCAGGCAAGCCAGACUCGCAGGAAUGCUGGUCUCUCUCAUUCCCGCCUUCGUCCUCGUUGCCGUAAUUGGUGGUGCAUUCUUUCAAAAAUUCACUGCCUAUAUGUCUGCAGCCGCCGAGUCUGCCGCAUCCACCGCAUCAGAGGCCUUAUCUCACGUUGAUAUUGUGCAAGCGUUUGGUGCCGAAAAACGCCUGGAACGUAGAUUCGCAGAAAACAUGUCCGUUGCCUGCCAGGCUGGCAUAAAAAAAGGAGCGGUAGCAGCCACACAAGCUGGGCUGCUCUACUUCAUUGCCUACUCGGCCAAUGCUCUGGCUUUCUGGCAGGGCAGCAGGAUGAUUGCUGACUUGGUGGCUGGUCGAGGUGGUGCAAGUGUCGGAGAAGUCUAUACGGUUGUCUUCAUUCUCGUCGACGCCUGCGUGGUACUUGGGUCCACGGCUCCAUUACUCCCAUUGUUUGGCAGCGCAGCUUCUGCCUUUGUCCGCUUGAGACGGGUCAUCGACCGCGAGCCUCUCGUUGAUGACAGAGACCAAGGCGGUCGCACUUUCGAUAUGGGAAACCCUGGGACAUUCAGACUCUCCAACAUCGCCUUUUCGUAUCCCUCUCGCCCAGAUGACGAGGUGCUUUGCGGCAUAGACAUAGAGUUCCCUGCCGGAAAACGCACAGCAAUAGUCGGUCCUUCUGGAAGUGGGAAAUCAACAAUCGUCAGCCUCCUGACUCGAUUUUACAAUCACCAGCAGGGACAAAUUUUCCUCGAUGGUUUCAAUUUGCGCGAGUUCAACUUGCACAACCUACGUGGGCUGAUGGGAAUAGUCCAACAAGAGCCAACCCUCCUGAAUUGCUCUAUAUUCGACAACAUUGCUCUUGGCUUGAUUGGAUCUUCCUGGCCGGGGCAUAAAACCUUUCAAGAUUUUCUCUUGAAACGACUAUCGUCGAGUCUCGACAAAACCCAAGCAUCUGCAGCCAGUUUGUCAGAUUCAGAAAAUCCCAUCAUGAAGGAUAUCCUCGCCUUGGUGCAAAAGGCUGCAGCUUCUGCCGAGGCGGCCGUUUUCAUCGAAAGCCUUGAACACGGAUAUGAGUCAGUUGUUGGUCCAGGCGGGAAGUCGCUCAGCGGCGGUCAGAGACAGCGGAUUGCGCUGGCAAGGGCUUUGAUCCGGGAUCCAAAAGUCCUGAUCCUUGACGAGGCAACUGCAGCCUUGGAUUCAAUCACUGAACGUCGAAUUCAAGCCACACUAGACAGGGUAUCUGUGGGGAGAACUGUACUUGCCAUCGCACAUCGUCUUUCGACGGUGAAAGAUGCAGACAACAUCAUCGUUCUCAAAGAUGGCCGGGUGGAGCAGCAAGGCACGUACGAACAACUUCUGAACGAAGGAGGGGUAUUUGCAGACAUGGUCAAACUCCAGGAGCUCACCCUUGUGGAUGAGAACGAGACGAUAUCCUUGGCUAGCACCAGCCAUCCAGCCGAUUUGUCCUCUAUCAAGCUGGAAAAGAGCAGAAGCAUCAAAGGAGAAUAUGACCCUCAAGAUAAGACGUUGCAAGCCUCAGAUCAAAACCAAACAACAUCUGCCAGUACGCAGACCUUGACAGAGUCGACCGCACGUUCCAUCACAUCCAAAAUGACCAAAAUGGCUGUUCUGAGGGACGUCGGCAGAUACAUUAAACCUUCCCGCGCCUGGAUAUUGAUGGCAGUUCUCGCGGCGGUAAUCGUGGGAGGCACUUACUCGGCGGCUGGCCUCAUUUUUGGUCAUACAGUCGGCGCUCUCAACUUGUGUGAUACCACGAUUGACCGUAUUCUUUACGUGGGGCGUUUCUUUGGGGGGCUGUUGUUCAUGCUCGCUGUGAUAGAGUUCUUUGCGAAUCUGGUGAGUUGGUCGUCCUUCGCCGUGGUUGCGGAGAGACUUCUUUACAGUCUACGUGUACUAUCAUUCCGUGCGCUGUUUGAACAAAGCUACGAGUGGCACCACUCAGAGGGAAGAGACCCGUCGUCGCUGCUCUCGAUCUUGACCAAGGACAAUGCUGCCAUUGGUGCCUUUAGUGGUUCCACCAUUGGCACCAUCUUCUCCAUCCUUGUCAAUUUUGUGGUGGCAAUCAUCCUGUCCCUCAUCAUCGCCUGGAAGAUUGCUAUUGUCUGCAUUGCCGUGGUCCCAAUACUUCUGGGCUCUGGCAUUAUGCAGCUAUACAGCCAUUCGCGGUUUGAGGAGCGACAUGCAAGGGCCUUUGCUAGAUCCGUUGGGAUUUCGGUCGAAACGGUUGCUUCUAUCAAAGCCAUCACAUCAUUUUCGCUUCAAAAGAUGGUUAUGAAGGCCUACGAAGAAGCACUAGCUGGUCCACGAACGGAGAUUAUCACUGCUAGCAUUUACACAAACGUCUGGCUAGCAAUCUCGAACACUACGGGAUUCUUCAUCUAUGCAUUCGCGUAUUGGUGGGGCUCGCAGCAGAUUAUGAGAGGAGAAAAUUCGCAGCAACAAUUUUUCAUCAUCCUCGUUGCCAUGCUUGUUAGUGCGCAGCUAUGGGGUCAAAUGUUUACACUGGCACCAGAAGUCUCUCGUGCCCGUGCAUCUGCAUCUCGCGUGCUGAGCUUGGUUAACCUUGGCUCGAGCAAAUACAGCCUUGUUUCUCCCAAGGAUCUCAGCUCAUAUGGUGAACAUGCUGGCAUCGACAUUGAGAGCAACAGUUCUACGGAGAAAUCGCCAAUUGUGGAGCCCCGGCAUGGGAUGAGUGUAUCUUUCGAGUCCGUCGAUUUCUCAUAUCCAACCAGUGCACAGAUUCCCGUAUUACAGAAUGCCACUUUGAAAAUUCAUCCAGGCCAGUUUUGUGGCCUCGUUGGUGCGUCUGGCGCCGGGAAAUCGACGAUCAUGCGACUAAUACUUCGAAUGUAUCAAGCCAGCUCUGGCAGUGUUACAUUGGACGGCAUGGAUAUCGGCAGGGCUGGAGUGGACAAUGAUAUUGCCUAUGUGCCACAAGACAAUGCACUGUUUAGCGGAACAAUCAAAUUCAACGUUGGCCUUGGUGCAAGACCAGGCUACGAGGCAACAGACGGAGAGAUUCAAGAAGCAUGCCGCAUUGCCAACAUCCACGACACCAUCAUGACGCUCCCAGACCAAUACAACACCGAAUGUGGCCCGAACGGCUCGCAUCUGUCUGGUGGCCAACGGCAAAGACUCGCAAUCGCGCGUGCUCUGGUUCGAAAGCCAAGGCUUCUGCUUCUAGAUGAGAGUACCAGUGCCCUUGAUGCUGAGUCGGAGAAGGCGUUGCAAGAUGGCCUCGAGCGGGCAGUCAAAACCUUGGCGAUGACAGUGAUUGCCAUCACCCAUCGUUUACAUACUGUGCUAAAGGCUGACGUGGUCUUUGUGAUCGAAGGCGGCAAGGUUGCUGAUUCUGGCAAACACGAGGAGCUUCUUGCGAGGAACGAAAGCUACCGGAUCAACGCGCAGUCGCAGAUGCUCUAGGCAGAUUAUUGGGGGAAACACUACAUUUCGGGAAUAAAGACCAGAGGUAAUCAUAUAGCAUAGAAACAAUAAAAUGUGUCAGAAUAUUACA